GAAAAACCGGCAGAAACUCACAAAUUACGCUCUUACGUCUACGUUAAAGAAAAAUGUUACGUUAUAGAUGACAUCAUACAUCGCUGAAGUAAAAGAAAAGCGAUUAUCUUUCACGAUUCGCAUGCAUCUCGAAUCUUGGCCAGUCGCUGCCUACUUACCGUUGGGGACACACGCGCGCCGCCCGCGCUUUUAUAACCGCGCCGUUUAAAUAAAACCUCAAUUAAAAUAUAAAAGAAAAUAAUUUUUCCGAUUCAAAAUACAUCUGAAACUGUGUUUGAAAGGUAACUGAAAAGUGCUUGUGUGCUUGACAAAGGGACCACGUGAUUGCAAGGUUACCUAUCCACCAGUGAAAACAGUGAAGUGUCAUAUAACCCAUUCUAAAUUCAUAGUUUAUCAGUUUUCUUACUAACAACAUGACUUGAUACUAAAUUAUUUACCAGUGUGUGUGUGAUAGUGAUAAAUUAUUUAAAAAGUAUUACCAAUUUGUGAUAUAUCUGUGCCAGUGUUCAAAAUGGAAGCCUUGGAAAGGAGAGGACGCGUGAUUGCGAUAGUCGCAAUCGUUUUCAUUGUCUUUUGGUCACAGUGCAAAGGAGUGGACGGCCACAAGAACCACACAAAAAUGUCGUACGUCUGUCCACCGCAGUUCAUCAGGCUGGGCCACAGCUGCUACUUCUUCAGCGAUACCAAGGCCACGUGGCACAACGCGCUCUUCGCUUGCAAGGACCGAGACAGCAACCUGUCGGUGCCCGCGCGGUGGGAAGACAGAAACCUACGAAACUACCUCAAUAAAGAGACUGUCACGAGAGCCAGCCGGUGGAUCGGCGGCAUCUACGACUACCCGGCGCGCGCGUGGAAGUGGGGCGGCGAGCUGCGCCAGAUGCACUACCAGUCCUUCUCCAAGAUGAAGAAGCUAUCACCUAAAGAACUGCACUUUCAGUGUAUAGCCAUGUCGCCAGAGCUUCUCUACAGGUGGGCACCGAAGAGCUGCUUCGAACCCCGACAAUUCAUCUGCCAAACGAAACUGAAGAAGGUUCCUCAGUCGAAACUGAAAAACCUUCGCCGAAGGUACCAACGUAUGGGAAAGAUCAAUGAGAUCACAGUUCCAAGUGUCAGCAGGGAAGAGGACGAUCCUAGGACGAAUGACGUCACGAGCAAUCCUGUGCUGAGCCCGAAAUCCUACGACCUGCAUUCGAAUCCGCGACGAGUCCAGAAGAACCCGAUUCGCAACAACCCGAGAUUUUACGACUUACGACCCAAUGAACUGAGGAAGCGAUCCCGGCCUAACGCGCAGAGGAAGCUCAAGAGACCAUUCCCAGGUUACCGAUGGAACCGGCGCGACCCCGAAGGCUCAUACCAAUACAACGUCAAAGUCCUCCGCUCCGGACGAACCGGCCUCAGUCCUCAACAGAUCAACGCCCAUCUCUCGCGACUGCAGCACUUGCGCGACAGACAAGUCGCCCGACGCAAGCGACUGCGGGACAAGGACGAAUGGCUCGUCAACGACGCACCACCAGCCCUAGUCCAUACACAUGCUAGGACCUACACCGUAGAUAAUAACAUAAGCGCUCUACAUCCUAAGACCAUAGUGGAAGAGUUCGAUAUGAUGCCUCCACCAGCUCCUGUGGUGCUACCUCGACCUACACGCGGUAUUUGGUAGUCUGUAGCGAAUCCUCAUGACUGAUUUACGACUUUUCAUAUUUGGACUUCGCUUCUUGGUUCUACCUCAGAUUCGUAAAAUGGAUGUAUUUUUUGAAGAACGUUCCAUCCCGCAAGGUAAAAUUUAAAUACGUAUUAUGCAAAAAUAGAUUAUAGCUGGGUGAUAAUAGCAUAUCACAAAAGUGUGACGAUUGCAAUCAUCUCUGAUUGGCCGAUACAUACCUACGCAGCCACUUAGAUACUAUUGGUUCAUAUUCUUAUAUGCAUUGUUGCAGCAAAAAUGCCAUAAAUUUAGCCUAUCAAAACAAUUGAAAUUGUAAUAAUGAUGAAAUUGUAAGGUUGAUGUAGCUUUUCUGGAUUACCACCGCACCAGACAUACCAGUCGCAGUGGGAUGAAAUAUUUUUCAGAAAACACGUCCAAUAUUAUGUAUUAAAAAGUUUUCAGUUAACUUUUGUUUUCUUUAAAGAUAUGAUAUCACUAUCAGUGACGACAAUAACGCCUGAAUCGAUAUAACGUUUAUAUAACAAAUUCGUAAAUCGGUUAUGAGACUCAAAAAUCCCGUUGCAUUAAACCCCAAUGAGAUUGAAAUAUUCAUUUCGUAAGUUCCUUUCAAUUUGAAUCUUAUCUUUACGCUUCGAAUUCCUAAUACUUUUAGCACUUCCGCAAGCGUUUCUUUUUAUGCUUUACUUUUGGUUGUCUUUUUUUGUCGUUUAAAAAAAUGUGCAACACUUUCGAUUAUAUUGUCACCGUUAAAAAUUUGCGUGCUUUUCUUUUUCUUUUGCUUUAACGUCUAAAGGUGGCGUUAUGAUGUAUCUUAUUUUCCACAAGGCCCACCCAAUUAUGCAAAGAAUCUUUAUUUAAUUUAGCCUAGACGUGCAUAGGAAAAUUUAUAAUCAGCAGAUUUACAAUUCAGUUUAUAUGUAAUUAAAGAUUUUAAUAUUUCAGAAGGUUUUAGAUAUUCAUUUCUGUCACUUGUUUAAAUUAAUUAAUUUUUAUCACGAUUUUUUUAUAUCUUCAACUUGACCUAAUUCUAAAUGCCAAUCACAAAGUUAAUAAACCUAUCUCGUGAUAAUGAUUCUUUUCUACAACUACUCUAGUGAACAGUUGAUUAUAAAAUUAACCAUGAACGUGACCUAUUUACAACAAGUAUUUAUUUUUUAUAAACUGUAUUUUUUGUGUUAUUUUAAGAUUAGCUUCGCUGUGAAGUUUGAGUGAACACCUAUUUACUACAUCGUGUGUACUAAGUCUUAGGCUGUCAAACAAUCAAAUUUAUUAUGAUUGUCUUUUUAUAAUAUUAUUAUGGUUAAGAAAAUAUAUAUGUUUAGCAGUUGUAGCACAGACCCAAUAAAAAAGAGAGUUGGCUCGCGAAAAAGCGUUUUUGUAACUAUCGCGGAUAAUAUACCAAAAGCAUUGUUGAUUGCGCAAGUAAAAAGUUUUUAUAGUUAUCGGCAUCUUCAUUUGAAUUCGGAUUUUUGUUUGAUUUUGCCUGUUUAGCUUCUUUAUUUGGUCUAUGCUGUUAAGUCGUGAAAUAACGAUUUUUUUUUCAUUUUUAUGGACGAACCGUCAAACAGCAUUUUAGUUUUAAGCCUUAGCAUAGAUAUUCUAACGCACUAAACCCUAUUCUAAAAUCAUCAAAAUUACGUAGUGUAAAACUAGUCAGUAAGAUAAUUCGAAGAAGAAAGAACGUAAGCAUUUACAAAAUAUAACUGCCUAUCUUAUAGAAUGGAAAAUGCAGUCCACCCUCGCUUUUUGCAAGUAACGGUAUUAACUUUCUCAACAACUAAAGAAUUUUAGCAAUAUGUUUCCUGAUUAUUCGUUGUAUGUCCAUCUAGGUACAAAAUUAUGAUAACGAAUAAUAUUGUAUGAAAGAAAGAGGUAAAAAAUCAAGUAGAAUUUAAUAAAGUUCAGUCUCAGAUCAGAUGAAGAUGAAAAUUGUUAAAAAAAAGUAUUUUUCCUUAACAAAACUAAAUAAAAAAUUUGAAAAAAAUACUGUCUAAUAAAUGACUAGUAACUCUUUAUAUGAGUAUCUAUUGACUAUAAUUUUUCUAUCAUCGAAAAAAAACAACGAGCGUGGACACAUGCACAUGUAGGCACAUGAUUAAACUUUACUAAUCAUUUUUUUCAUUAAAAUUCAUACCUAUUAAAACAUUAAUUAAGUUUUUUAUUUAAAAAUACAUUUUUAAUAAUAAAAAUAAACUAUAAUAAUAAUAAUGCUAACAUUCUCAUCGCUGUAAGUGUAUUUAUUGGAGAAAACGUGUUGAAAAUGUGUCGUACUUCAUAUUGGCAUUUGCUUGUGAAAUAAAAUAAUAUUAAAAUAAGUAUUAAUCUAAUUCUACGUUCCACUCUAUAUUACAGUACGUGCCAAAAAAGUGGGCGGUGACUAGGCCUGGGUACUAUGAGUAUUUGCAGUUUCAUAUAUAGGUAAAUACCUAGGUACUGCACAAAUUCAAUUUUUUGGCGCGAACUGUAUUUUAGUUAAGAUAAAAAAUAUAUUGAAACUCUUUAGUUAUCAUUGUAGUGCCAAUAUCUUAGUCCUCGCAUUUAAAAAUAAUAUUAUAAUAAUUUUGACAAGUGUAAUUUGUACAAAUCUCUAACUAAUUUACUCAAUCUUUUUCUCUAUCAAAAAUCAAGUAAAGUAAAAGUAAUAGCACACAAUAAUAAACUUAAUGUUUGUUAUUGUAUCAAAAAAUAUAGGUAUGUAUUUAGAUUUUGCAGCCUUUAUUGUUUAUGAGUUGUUAAAUAAUCCAUAAACUUGCGAAAAUAUUUUUUUGUUAAACUAUGUGCGUGUCGCUAGAUGGCGUAACGUGUCAUUUUCAUUGCGAAUCUUUUUUUAAUACAACUUAAUUUUUAUUCUUUAUACUAAACAAAAUUAAAAUUCCUUUUGUUCCUUUUAUGCUUAGUGAUGUAAAAAAUAAAUAAUACGGCUGUACAAAUCCUGAUGUAAAAAACUGUUUAUAGUGUAGACACGCCUUUAUUACUUAUUUAAUGGAAAAACAUUUGCAAGUAAUAUUUCGGCACUUUAGCACUUGUCAAUGUAUUUUGUAAGAUACCUAUAAAUUCUAAAACUAGUCCACUCUGUAAUAGAUUUUAGAUAAAAAUGAUAUAAAAUUAAAUAAUAUUACUUACCUAUUUCUCCAUAUUUUUUUUGUAUGUUUUACUGUGAAAUUUUUUAAUAGGUACCUACUACCUUCGACCAAUAGGUUCAAAACAAAAAUUUGAAAAAAUUGAUAAAAUCGCAUUCAUACAAUGAAUCAUAUAAUCGAAAUUGUAUUUAACGUAGUUUUUAUUACUUUCAUUAUAGAUUUAAGGAAAAUAAAAAGCAUCUGAACAUCGAA